UCGCUCUCCGCUCUCCGCUGAUGGGCGCCCGAGGCGGACCCACGCUCCAGCUCUGACCAUGGGGGGCUGCCAGAGCCACGGCAGCAGCGCCAAAGAAGGGGACGUCUCCGAGACGGGAGAGGAGCUCUCCGCAAUCGCAGAAGAGAAAGUAAAGAACAACAACACGCAGGCAGCGCCCUCCUUGGAGGAAAGGCCGUACCUCACGCAAGGAUACGUGUCCGCGCGCAUCGCCGAGAUCGACGUCGACAUGCUAACCGCGCUUCCCGUCGGCUUCGACAAGGCCGAGUGGGUGGCCAGCCACACUGUUGCUUUCUUCAAGCACAUCAACCUGCUCUCCAGUGCCCUGUCGGACUUCUGCACCACUGGGACCUGUCCCACCAUCACGGGCCCUGACGGCAUGACAUACUACUGGACCGACGAGCAGGGGAAGAAGCUGAAGUGCUCGGGCCCACUUUACACAGACUACGCCAUGUCUUACAUCCAGGAGCUGCUGUCCGAUGAGGACGUGUUCCCCACCAAAGCAGGCUCGCCCUUCCCAAACGGGUUUGUGUUCCUCGUGCAGAGGAUCUUCCUGUACCUGUUCCACACCCUGGCGCACCUGUACUGGGCGCACUUCCGGGACGUGGCGCGCGUGGGCAUGCACCCGCACCUCAACACGCUGUUCGCCCACCUGGUCACCUUCGGCCGGGAGUUCCAGCUGCUGGAGCCGUCCGACACCACCCCGAUGGAGGACCUCAUCGCCGUCCUGCACCCCCGCCCCGCCCCCGCGGCUACGGACCGCGCGGGCACCGCCACGGACACCCCGUGGGAGGAGGGGGGUCUGACAGAGCACGCCCUCCCAUGACCGAAGCGGACGGACUGUCAAAAGGACGUUUUGAUAUUUUCCUCAGCUACGACACAAGACGCUGCUCAGUAGAGUCAAUGGCGUGGAUUCAGCGCACUGUUCUCGAGGGCAGCGAUUUUCAAACCAGGUCCCUCUAUGUCACAUUAAGCCACAUUAUGUCAGGGAUAACUUGUGCGUGCCAUGAAGAAUAAAGGUCCCAUAUUCACACUGCACUACAUUGCACUACGACGUUUAAGCAAUGGAAUUGGAAGACUGGAAGAUUGAAUGAACAUGCCCCGAACAGGGCUGGACACAUGCCCACUUAAAACUAACCUUUUGCUAGAUAAUGAAGAAGUCAAAGACAAAGAAAAUGUUGACGGGUCAAAUCCGCAUUGUAUUCAUGGUUUGGCUCAUUUAUUAUUCGCAAUGCUAUUACGAGCCUACUGCUUGAACUGGUCAAUAUCUUUUUUUUUUUUCUCCUUUUCUGUUCUAAACAUUGAGCUGUUAUCUCAGGUUACCUUACUCCAGCAGCCUAGUUUCAUCACUGACACAGAUCUCUGUAUAAUAACGAUAAUUUAUAAUUUAGCCGACGCUUUUAUCCAAAGUGACUUACAGUUGAUUAGACUAAGCAGGGCCCAACGGCUGUGUGGAUCUUAUCAAGGCUACACCGGGGCUUGAACCACUGAUCUUCUGGGUCACAGUCAUGUACCUUAACCACUACACUACAGGCUGUCCCAUGUCCUCAACCAUCAGGAGCUGGGCCAGUCUCAUACCUCCCCCUUAGCUCCAUGUGGAUAUUUAAAAUUAAGCUACUACUAUAUCAUGCUUUUGAAAGUUUUGUCAAAUUUGUUGCAUUUUGUUUGUUGCAUCUCAAUCAAGGGCAUACUGGUUUUUUAUGUGCAUUUUUGCAAAGUAUUCCUGCUCUCAGGAAUUUCUGAUUUCUCUGGGUGUCACUGCUGAGACAGUGUAUACACACGUGUGUGUGUGUGUGUGUGUGUGUGUGUGUGUGUGUGUGAGAGAGUGUGAGUGUGAGUGUGUUUGUGUGCUUAAGAACAUAAGAAUGCACACAUAUACAGACACACCCCUGCAGACAUGCAGUAUCAACAUCAGAGAAAUUUAAACUCAAAACAUUCAUUGUUUAAUCCUAAAAAAUAAAAUAAAAAAUAAAAUACAUUUACAUGAUUGACAGCACAACCCGGCUCAGGUGUUUUCUGAAGAAAAGCUAUUGAAUGUUGAUGAGAGGUUGAUGACUACAAGUUUGAUCGCAGGAGCGUGGGAACCUGGGGUGGGAGACGCUGGAGCCAACCAGCGGAAGCAUUCAUCAGCAACUUCCACAGAACACGAUGCGUCACAGAACCCGACAUCACGGAGCACACCAUGUCACAGAACGCAGCGUCAUAGAACACAGAACACACAGUGUCAGAGAAUGCGGCAUCAUAGAACACAGAACACACAGUGUCAGAGAACGUGGCUUCACAGAACACAGAACACACAGUGUCAGAGAACGUGAACAAAUCACCCCCCCCAAGACAUUAUACUAAUGUCCACCCGGACAUGUGGUAAGGACUACUGUGUCAAAAAUAAAAAUAAAACAGGGAAAACAAUUGGGAGUAACCUUUUAAAGAAGUAGCAGAAGUUAACGAUGGCACAUUGAUUUCCUACUUCAAAAAUAAAAGGAUGCUUCAAGGAGCAAACUUGCUUUAAUAAAUGUCUAACACAUGAAACAAAGUCAAAUAAAUUACUACCGCAUGUUACACAAACAUUUUCAACUGUACAUACGAGCGAUGUUUAUUCAAACCGAUCACAGAGCGAAAGUACUGUGCAGCGCACAGCUAAGGCGUCGGACCUCAAUGCAGGGAUCAGUUUGAGCCCCCCGUCCUCCCAAAGCCGAGAACAGCCAGCGCAGCGCAAGAGGGUAGCAGGGAGGAUCGCCGCAUACAACAGCGCCCUGAUCACCUCGGAACCGUGCUGAAGAAGGCCCGUCGUUCGCCUUUCCGGCCACCGGGGGGCAGGGUUGUAGCGGCAUUUCCUCAACUAACAAGGGCGACAAUUGGAUAAACAGGGUACAAUUAAAAAAAAAAAAAAAAAAAAAAAAAAA